AUGGAGGCUAAUCUGCACUCUCCUGUAAAACUACCAACCACUAUGGAACUAGAUAUGGAGCCAGAUGAGGAAUCAGAUUUUUUCGUCAACUUCACUAGCGCCACUCAAUAUAUCGGAUCAACCCCUUCUGCUAUCAUGAGAAUCCUUAAUAGGGAGAUGGAGACAACUAAGAUGACGUUAUUAGUACUAUUCAUUAAUGUGAACCCGAAAUUCAUCGAGACGACUCCAUCGAAAAUGCUCCCGAAAUCCGCACGAAUUAGUUAUAAUCAUAAGACGCGACAAAUGAUUGUUAAACUAACAGGGCCAGCCCAUGGAGAAGUGACGGGCGGCAUCAGCGCUGAAGUCAUCCGUCGCGUCACCCUUAUGUCUGAGAUUCUUAGCGAAGACCUAUAUCCGAUGAAUCAUGGUCGGAUUCGAGGCAACGCUAUCUCGAAGGAGCCGGAUUGGUCUGUUCGACCUUAUACCCUCCCGCUAGGCCACCAUCGCGUGUGGCCAUCAAUUGUUCUAGAGACCGGUGUUUCCGAAAACAUGAAUGAAUUGAUGAAGGACGCCAGGUGGUGGCUGUCAAAUAGUAAGGGCCUAGUAAAUAUGGUCCUUGUUGUGACAGUUGAUCAAAAAAUUCCACAUAUCACGUUCCGAUGCGUGGUCAUCACCAAUACCUUUGCUCGUCACACUGGCAUUACUAGAUAUGUCUGUUCAACCCGUCAUGAAAUGGAACAAACGCGAGAUGCCAAUGGGAGCGUCGUCACCACUAAUGGCCCCUUAGUUUUUCACAUUGAUGAACUCUUCCUCCGAACACCAAUUGCGCCAGAAACAGAUAUCAUAUUCAGCGCUCAAGUCAUGGAUAGACUUGCCUCCGAAGUUUGGAAGACUCUUGGAAUUUAG